AUGGCGUCUUCGUUCGGUGCGGCUUUUCGCUCUCUCUGGCACGAUUUAACCAGCUACGACCGACAUUCUACCAUUGACUCCCCCCACCGAACCGGUCGACACGUUCCUCUGAACCGCCAAAGCGGCAUUCUCACCUCCGUCGCGACCGCCUCUGAAUCGCGCGCCGAUGUCUCCGCCCCCUUUGCCGAAGACUACAAUAGAUUCUCCCGCGAGAACAGCUACCAAGGCGGUGGUAUGCCCUACACCCCGACCAGUCCCAACCCGUCAGCGCCCUAUUCCCCCGGUCUGAGGUCCCAAUCUGCCCGACGCGAGAGCCAGCAGGAUGGCUUCGAGCUGCAAGGUCCGGGAGAUGUCCCUAUGCAGUCUUUCCAGGAUGGCUCUCCUCCCCCGCCUCCCGUUUCCCAUUCGUGGAAGAAGAUCGACGCCUGGGCCGAAGAGCACUACCCUGAGCUGUGGGACCAGCUUUGCGAGGGCUGCACCGACAACGACCUCAACGAAUUGGAGCAUCAGCUGGACUGCUCCCUACCCCUCGACGUGAGAGAGUCGUUGAUGAUUCACGACGGCCAAGAGCGAUUGGGAAUGCCCACCGGCAUUAUCUUCGGUUCCAUGCUACUCGACUGCGAGGAGAUGGUUCAGGAGUGGGAUCAGUGGCGCAAGGUCAACCAUGAAUUCCUCUCAGAAGCCGCCUACGCCCGUCCCGCCGCUUUGCCCAAAGCUCUUGGCAGCAGUAAUCAGGCCUCUUCAUCCAGGACACCCGCGUCGCCUGCUGCCGCGAACAACGGUUCGUGGCGCCAGGAGCUCAUCUCUCGCCAGGAGAGCAUCCCUCCCAACGCAGUGCAGCGCUCCUACGCGCACCCAGCUUGGAUUCCUCUUGUGCGCGACUGGGGUGGUAACAAUUUGGCCGUGGAUCUCGCUCCCGGCCCUAACGGAAGAUGGGGACAGAUUAUUCUCUUUGGUCGUGACUACGAUACCAAAUACGUCAUUGCUCGCUCCUGGGCCCACUUCCUCGCCAUGGUCGCCGACGAUCUCUCCAGUGGCAAGUGGUUUGUGGAUGAGGAGACAAACGAGCUCAAACUGCGGGAGUUUAAGGAGACACGUGUUGAGCCUCCCUACUUCGGUAUUCUGCGAUGGCGCGUGGACCAGAAGUAUGGCCGUAGAGCUGCCAAGCGCAAGUCUGUCGUGGCUCCCAACAGGGCCGGAUCCCCUGCUGGAUCCGGCGCUAACUCCCCAUACGCGAGCCCGACUACCGAGCCCAACGGCGAACAACGAGGAAGAUCAAUGCAGCGACUGGGGGGUACAUCUCCGAUGGCCAGCCCAAUUCGCCCCGGCUACGGCAAGUCCAGUCCCCUUGCACGAGUGGCCGAGGAAACCCCUCUGCCGGACCUCGAGGCCAACGGCCUCAAGCCAACGAAGCUUGUCGAAGUCGAAACCCCCCGGCCGAGCGAGGACAACGGCAAGGGUUCGCUCGUGUCGCUCUUAUCGCACGUUGAAACCGCGGAGGGCGAAGGCAAGGAGAACAACAACCCCGCCAAGACGAACGGCAAGGCCAACGGCAAGCAGCCCGAGGUGUUGGAGGAGUCAAUGAAGGAGAUCGAGAUUUAG